CAAAGUUUCCUCCAGCCCGACUGGACACAGUGUGCAAGAAGCAGAAGCUCGUCUUAAGGUGUGGGGGUCAGGGGGGAAACGCUUGGAAAGAUGGCACAGAAUGAAACGCAUCCCUUUUUGGAAAUACUCAAAUCCUUUAAUAGCGGCGACCUGAUCCUGGCCUUCUGCUUGUCGGUGCUGGUGGGCCUUCUUCUGGGCGCCCUGGUCUACGUCCUGCUGACUUGGGCGUCCCGCCGCAGGGCCAGCGCCCGCAUCAGCCGCCGCUCCCGCGAGAAACCCGGCAAAUCGUCGCCGACUCAAAUCCCGCCGGACGGCCAGCUGGGCCUGUACCGGAGCACCUUCCUCGGCGUCUACCGCCAGCCCUCCCUGGAGCCGGUGGGACCUCUGGGGAGCAAACCGGGCCCGGAGACGUCCACCUUUCGUCCUCUGCCCGGGAAAGGCGGCCCGGAGAUGGGAGAAGACACCGAGGCGAGCUCGCCCGAGGUCUCGACCCGUUCGGCGUACCCGGUUCCGAACAAGCGCCACUCCUUCUGGCUGGGCGGUAACGGACUCAAGGGGUUUCUGCCCUCGCAGACGCCGCCGCCCGCCUACAACAGCGUCAUCCACGCGUUCCAGGAGUCCUGCACUUGAAUGCAGCCGAGACUUUGGAGAGGCCCCCUUAGGGAAGCCCUUUAAAUUGAAGACCCUGUCAAGUAAAUUCCGCAAUGUGUUUUACAUGACACGCGUUUAACUGAAAAUGUGGCGAGACUGAGGACGAUGCAGGACUCAAUUGUGGCGUUAAACUCUUUCGAACCAUUUCUGUUUUCCUGAUUUCUCGGGUGUGGCUAAAAUGGCGCCCAGUGACGCACGCAGCGUCGGGUUCUUGUUUUCGCAGGUGGAGUCAAGGCACCCUCUGACCUCUGCAUAACUUGUGUUCAUAUGUUUCAGAAAUAUGUAUGAUCAUUCCUGUGCUGUUUUGAUUGUUUUACUGUCCCUUCAAAGACCGCACGUGUCUGCGGGAAUCUGUGCAAAUGCGGCGGAAACACAGACAGUUCCCACGUCUUUUUCACGCUUCCUGUUGAACACUGUUACC